CUCCCCGCAAGGCGGCGCGAGACACUCUCGUCCAGCAUGCCGCCGCAGCGCCUCAACGAGGUCCUGGAGGAUCUAGGAGCGGUCCCCAGGCCAGCUCCUGACGAGAACAUGGGCUUCACUUUUCAUCCGCGGCGAGGGGCAGCAGCAGCCAGCGGCGACCCGCGGGCAGAGGACACGGAAAUGGUUCCAGUCACGCUGGACGCGCACGUGCUCGACAACCUCACUGGAUGGCUGCGCGCCAACGAAAUUGCUGCGCUCGGCUGCACGUGCUCCGGGUUGGCGGCCGUCGUCGCGCACACCUAUCCCGGCAUCAAGCUGCGGCUCUAUCCGCACCAGCGCGCCUCCGUCGCGUUCCUGCAGCGCGGCGAGGCCAGCAGUCGACGCGGUGGCAUCCUUGCCGACGAGCCGGGCACCGGCAAGACGGUCACGCUGCUGGCGCUCAUCUGCAAGACGGCCGGUGCGUGGACGGCGCGCCAGCCCGACGCGGCCGAGCGUCGGCGCGUGAAUGCCGAGGCCAAGUGGGCGGGCCUCGCCUUCCUCUACCGCCGCGAGCUCGUCUACUCCAUCCUCAAGCAAGUGCGCACGAGCUGCCCGCGCGAGUAUGCGCUGCUCGGCCGCGGCGUGCGGCGUGCAGCGGCGGCACUGCCGCAGUAUGCCGAAACCUUGGGCCGCGCGCCACCCAUCGACUUCGACGAGAUCAGCCACGAUGCGCAGAUAUCGACGCUCGCUACUCGCGCCGGCCUCGACGCCGCGGUGCGCGCGGUGCCGGACGCGGCGCGGGCCUACUGGUCGAGCGCGGCCGCAAUCGCGCACCACCCGUCGGGUGCGCCGGCGGCCGCGGCGCUCGUGGCGGAUGCCUUGCGGCUGCGGACCGCCGUCGACGAGGCGCUCGACGCGCACACGCCCGACGGCGACGCGCCGCCGCCACCGCGGCGCUCGCGUGCGACGCUGGUGCAGCACUGGCGCGAGCAGCUCGAGUGGCACGUGAAGGCCGACGGCGGCGGCUUACCCGGAGAGGUCCUGAUCGACCCUCUGUGGUCGGCGGAGCGGCUGGCGGCGGCGUCCGUCGUCGUGCUGCCCGCCGAGCGUCUCUCGCUCGAGCAGCGGCACGCGGCCGGCGCCUCCGUGCUGUGCGCGGUCAAGUGGCUCCGCGUCGUUUGCGACGAGGGCCACUCCCUCGGCGGCGGCGCCCUCACUCACACGAAGCUGCUGCUUCAAGCGCUGCCGGCGGAGCGUCGGUGGCUGCUCACGGGGACUCCUGCAAAGGAGACGUCCGACGCCGACGGCCUCAGCUCCCUCGGAUCGCUCCUCGGCGUGCUCGGCGACCCUGCACGCGCCGAGUGGCCGCCGCUCGCACGCCGGCUCCUCCGUACCGGCGCUGGCUCGGCCGCCUCCCAAACGGCCGAGCACGCCGCCGCGCGUGCGGCCGUCGUCGGCUUCCUCGCCCCGCGCAUGAUCCGGCACCUGAAGCGGCACAUCUCGGUGCCGCCUCCGAGGCGCGCGACCGUCGUCCUCGAGACGUCGCCCAGCGAGCGGCUGAGCUACAACAGCCUCGUUUCUUACAUCCGCGCCAACAUCGUGCUCACGUCGCUCGAGGGCGCCGAGCGCGGUGCGGGUGCGGACGUGUCGCUGUUGCACCACGCCAACAAGAAGUCUGCGCGCGCGGCCAUCGAGAACAUCCGGCUGACGUGCAACGGCGGCGGCAAGCAGGUCGCCACCCUCUCGCCCGAGUUUUAUUCGGAGGCGGUCGAGUGGCUCAACGAGCGCUACCACGCGCCGCCGCACGCGGUCGCGCGCUGCCGCGCCUUCAUGGACGCCGCGCAGGCGGGCGAGCCUCUGCCGUGCGACAAGUGCUCGCUGCCGCUGCUGCUGCAGCUCGUCUUCCCACUCUGCGGCCACCUGGUCUGCCCCGAGUGCGUCGAGGCGAGUGUCGAGGCGAGCGGGCCGCUCAGUGCGUGCCCCGUGUGCGAGGUUGCUCUGCCGCCGGUGCGCUACAACACGUGCCCAAAGUGUGACGACGUGCGCUGCUCCCACCAAGCGCCCAAGGUGCCGACGGAGGCACACCCGCUCGACGGCUUUGCGUACCUGCAGCCCGGGUUCGACUUGCAGUGGGCCGAGACGCUGCGCGAGGCGGAGGCGCGCGCGCUCGCCGAGUCGUAUGCGAAGCAGCGGCGGGAGGAGACGCGCAUCAAGGCCGGCGUUGGUGCCGGACCGUCGUCGCUCUCGGCUGUGGCGCCCAGCGGCAGCACCACGCUGUCGACGGCGAGUUACAUCAUCGAUGGGAUCGCCGAGCUCCGGCGCGUCGAGCGCGAGGCACGCGCGGCGCACGCGGCGGGCCGGCCGUACCCGCCGGGCCACGACAGCCGGCCGGUCCGCGUGGCGGUGUAUUCGGAGCGGCGCAAGACCCUCGACCAGCUGGGACACUUUCUGUACUUGCGCUUCGGCGACGAUGCCAUCAGCCAGUUCUGGGGUCGCUGGCGCAACUCUGAGCUCGACAAGUUCCGCUCCGGCCGCGUGCGCUACUGGCGGUGCGCGCAGUGCCCGACGCGGCACGACGACGGCGCACGCGCGGCGGGCGGGCGCGAGGUGGAGUUCCCCGAGACGCGCUGCUACGGGCGGCAUCUCGUCGUCGAGAUUUCCGCCGAGCACGCUCCUCCCGGCAUGCACCUCGCCGACGGGCAGGCGAGCUUCUCCGUCACGGUCAGCGAGGAGGACGCACGGCGAGUGGGGGAGCUCGGCUUCCUGCAGGGCACCGUGUGGACGGUCGGCAUGCCGAUUGAGACGCGCGUGCGCUCCCCGCUCACCGGCGGCUUCGGGCCGUGGGUGGGAGGCCGGUUGUCCAACUUCCGAAAGUGCGGUGCGCGCAUGCCUGACGCCGCGCCGUGGGAGGCGCGCCCGGUCGACUGCUUCGUGCUGCUCCUCACGCGCGACGGCUCGCACGGCCUCGACCUGUCCAUGCUCACGCACAUCUUCCUCGCCGAUCAGGUGUGGGACCCAGCGGUCGAGCACCAGCUGGUCGCGCGCGCCUACCGCAUGGGCGCCACCGGGUCCGUCCACGUCGCCCAGCUGCUGAUGAAGGGCACACUCGAGGAAGAGCUCCACCUGAUCAACGGCGGCGGCAGUAGCAGCGGCGCGGGCGAGUCGGCCGCUGGUGGUGGUGCCGGGAGCGCGCUCGCCCUCAAUGCGUGCGGCGAUUGCGAGGCAACGGCACCGGCCGCCGGAAAGCGCCGCAUGGGCGAGCUCGACCACCUUGCAGAGGACAUGACCCCACCCACCAAGCGGGCAAACCUUGCGGCGCCGGACGGUGGGGGCACCGUGGAAGGCAAGGCGGUGGACGGCGACGCGCCGCGGCCGGCCGCACCGCCGCCACCGCAGCAGAGCACGGCGGCGCAGGAGGAGGCGAAAGUGCACCGGCUGCUCAAGUCCAUCCGCUUCGUGCGCGAGCAGAGCCGCGCGCUAACAUGA